AUUGAAAGCUGGCAAGAUAAAUACGAGCGCCUCUUUGAAACGACGUCGUAGAAGAACCCGUGCAUGAACCGCACGCGAAUACCGAAUCCGGUGCUAAAGAAAGAACAUAGACACCACCUUGAACACACUUGCACCGAUAAGAGAAAUAUAAACAAAGCUUAGUUCCAAAUUCAAAAGGAACUUCCUCUUUCUCCCACUCACAAGCAUAAACCCUUAAUCGGCGGCAAAUGGCGCACACUCUCCUUCAGCCUCCACCGUUGUCGUCGUCUUCUUCUUCUUCCGCCAUGUCUUCCUCUUCCUCUCUCUUCCCUCGUGCCUUCGCUCUUCAAUCUCUAUCCUUUGAUCAUUCCCGCACUCCAACCUUCUCUCCCUUUACCUCCCUGAAAUGUGAUAUGGUCCAACCCCUAAACUGUGUCAAAGGCGAACCGGUAAUUCCAGUUCUCAAUGAACCCUCGCUUCCUAAGUUCCUUGAAUUACCAAAGACUGGGAGAACAGUCAAUAGGAACGGUAACAAGUUGAAGCUUUUCUCUGGCUCCGCCAAUCCUGCACUUUCUCAGGAAAUUGCUUGGUAUAUGGGCCAGCAGCUUGGGAAGAUUGCUAUAAAGCGAUUUGCUGAUGGCGAAAUCUAUAUCCAGUUGCAAGAGAGUGUUAGAGGUUGUGAUGUUUACCUUAUUCAACCAACUUGCCCUCCUGCAAAUGAGAAUCUAAUGGAGCUGCAAAUAAUGAUUGAUGCAUGUCGUAGAGCUUCUGCCAAGAAUAUCACUGCUGUGAUUCCCUACUUUGGAUAUGCCAGGGCUGAUAGAAAGACUCAAGGGCGUGAAUCCAUUGCAGCUAAACUUGUUGCAAAUCUUAUUACGAAAGCCGGUGCAGAUCGUGUUCUUGCUUGUGACCUUCAUUCGGGGCAAUCCAUGGGUUACUUUGAUAUUCCUGUGGAUCAUGUACAUUGUCAACCUGUCGUCCUUGAUUAUCUUGCCAGCAAGAGAAUAAGUUCAAAAGACUUGGUGGUUGUUUCACCUGAUGUUGGUGGCGUUGCAAGGGCACGAGCUUUUGCAAAGAAGUUAUCUGAUGCACCUUUGGCAAUUGUCGACAAAAGGCGUCAGGGACAUAAUAUAGCUGAGGUGAUGAAUCUGAUUGGUGAUGUAAAAGGAAAAGUUGCAGUUAUGGUGGAUGAUAUGAUUGACACAGCUGGGACCAUUGCCAAAGGUGCUGCUCUGUUACAUGAAGAGGGAGCCAAAGAAGUCUAUGCAUGCUGCACUCAUGCUGUUUUCAGCCCUCCUGCAAUUGAGAGGUUAUCUGGUGGCUUAUUUCAAGAAGUGAUCAUCACAAACACCAUUCCAGUUGCAGACAAGAACUAUUUCCCGCAGUUAACUAUUCUUUCCGUAGCAAACCUGUUGGGUGAAACAAUUUGGCGUAUUCAUGAUGAUAGUUCUGUCAGUAGCAUUUUUCUAUGAUGAGUUCAGAUUAUUUAUCAUAGAUGAUAGAUAGAUAGGUAAAUUAAAUCCAUACCUGUCUGGAACCCAAGAUUUUCUUAUUUUGUAUCAAUUUUACUGGGUUAUCACUCAGUAGUUUUAUAUAUAUCCUUUUGGAAUGUUCAACUU